CCGCAACACGCCUGGCCAGGUCCGGGGUCGUGCUGGCGCCCUCGUCCGGCCUGAACUUCACCUUCGAACUCGCAGGGGGCGCGCUCCGGAUUGCAGCGCCCGUCGCGCCGACACUGCAGGAGCUCCUCCACCGCAGCGUGGCCGACGGGCCGCCCGAGCUGGCGCCUCCGCCUCCCGUGCCGCGCCGCCUGAGCUCGGAGUUCGGCGUGCCCACGCUCCACCUCGCCCGCGCGGCAGAGGCGCAGAUCGACCUGGACGGGUCGCAGCCCGUGCAGGCCUUCCAGCCCUCGAGCGAGUUCCAGGGCGGCAGCUCCGAGCUCCGCGCCCGGGCGGCCGCGGACCAGGGCCUGCCGCCGGGCAUCUCGUCUCCCGUGGUCGGCGCGAACUCGCCGGUCUGGCAGAACCCGGUGGACGAGUACCCCGGGUUCGACCUGCCGAAGGAGGUCGCCUACUCCCUGGAGGCCGGCAACGUGAUCAAGAGCUACAGCAGCGCUCAGCAGGACGUGAAGCUCCUCACCCAGGUGUUCCAGAACAUCUCAAGCGGGUUCUACCUGGAGUCCAACGCUGGCGACGGUGAGUUCAACAGCAACACGCUGCUUCUGGAGAUGAUGGGCUGGCGCGGUCUGCUUCUGGAGCCGCGCGUGGUCGAGUACUUGACGCUGUGGUCAAAGUUCCGCAAAGCGUGGCUCUUCUUGGGCAGCAUCUCCCCCCAGACGCCGCGCCAGCACCACGAGGCUGGCACACACAGCAUCAUGGUUGGUUUCGACACGAGCGGGAAGGUCGACCAGUUGAGCGGUCACAAGGUGCCCACAUACCCGAUCUACGACUUCAUGUACCAGAUGGGUGGGAGGAAGACUGUCGACUUCUGGUCAUUGCGCAAUGGCGGGUUUGAGGCAGAGACGCUGAACGCGACCUUCAACGGCACGACUGAUAAUUGCACUGGGCAGGGCAUCACGUUUGGCGUUAUCAUGGUGAGUAUCCAGGAGCGCUUGACGGGGCGCGGCAACGACGACUGGGUGGUGUCGCAGUCGAGGGACCUCGCCGAGCAGCGAAUAUUCUCGAUUCUUGUGUACACGGCUGGGUAUAGUUUCAUUGGCGGCCUCGACCCGCAGUGGAUAAACACAGUCGUCCCGCGUUACCGCAACUCGGACUACGUGUUCGUGUGCCCCAGCUACUUCGAGCAGAAGGGACUCGCCGUGCCUGCAGCCAUCAAGUCGGCGCCGCCGCCUCCGCUGCCCCUCGGCGCGGGCGCCUGGGACGGCUUCGACUCGUGGGACCCUGGCCUCACCCAGGACCAGGAGGUCGCGGCAGUCCAGAGCUACAUCGAGCUGAGCAGGACCGCCGCCGCGCCUGCGGAGCUCGUCCCGCGGGCGCACAGGACUCAGGAGGUCGUUCUGCGCUGACCGCCGGACCGCCGGUGAGGUGCGCCGGACCGAGGCUCGAGGCUGGCCUUGUUUUGCCCAGCUGCUGUGGACCCCUUUGGCCACCUUUGCCGCGCGCGCGGACUUGCGUGUGGGUCAGGGACUGCCCGAGGCGUUUGGAUCGGGCCGCCUGGAUCACCCUUCUCCCCUUCCUACC